UCCAAUAAGACCACUUUUGCCCCAAUUUACAAAAGUCGCCUCUUCUACUCUCUCAAUCCGUCUUUGUUAUUUUCUCUCAUUCAUUGUUUUCAAAUUCAUUUCUUUUUCCUCGGAAUCGUUCUCUCUGGAAUUCAUGGCGGACAAGGGUCGGCCAUUGCCCAAAUUUGGUGAGUGGGAUGUUAAUGAUCCGACAUCUGCUGAGGGAUUUACUGUGAUUUUUAACAAAGCUAGAGAUGAGAAGAAAACAGGCGGCAAACCUGAUUCACCUGGAAAAGUUGAUGCACAGGGCAGGCCUGGAGCAAAUCCUGCCAAGGCACCGCCUAAGAAAUGGCUUUGCUGUAUCCAAAGUCCCCCUGCUGAGUCUUGAGAAGGUUGGGUUAAGGGGUCUCAGUUGAAAAACAUAUUAUUCUAUAGUCGUGUCUGCUGUGGCCUCUCGAAUACGAUGAACGUUCAUGGAGCCUUGAAGGUCCUACUAAAUUUUAUUCAAUUACAUGUAAAUCUGAGUGUUGUUGUGGAGGAAGAAGUAAAAGAAGACGAACAUGUAUUGUAUUCAUACUAUUAAUAUGGUGGUUUUUUAUUAGAGGAUAAAGUUGCUAUUCUGUCUUUGCCUUUGGUGUGAGCUGUAAAGCUUUGCACUGGACAUCAUGUAUAAUUGUGGUUGGUAUAAUUAAUGUAAUACAACUCUUUUGCUUUUCUUUUGA